CUUGAUUACGGUUUAUUUUGAUGCUGUCGAUAAGAUUGAUUCCGCCUCAAAACAGACCCGAUUGGUUGGGUUUUUCACUCGUCGUUUAGGUAUGUCUCGUCUAUCAGUCUAUGUUAGGGUUUCGUUUAAUUUCUGCAGUGAUCUUGGUUAGGGUUUAUUUUUUCCGUUUUGAAGCCAAUUCUUGAUUCCGUAAGGAAAAAUCAAAUAUGGGGUUUCCCAACUCCUCUAGUAUCUUCAUCCUGGGCUCUUUUUUAUAUUGGGCCUGGUCGUCGCAUACUCUUAAGCCCAUAAAACAUGGACGGCUUAUCGGAGAUUUCUAAAAUGUCACCGCUCCGUAGUUUCCCGAUGAUCGGGAGCUGGUUCUUAAAUCCUACUGUAAGUUGGAUUCGUGUGUUUAUUAUUGCAUCUAUUGAUUGAUGAUGAUCCGAGGCUAUUGAAUUCGUCUUGAUCCCAUAUCCAAUUCUGUUUUGAUUAGAGACUGGGAUAAGUCUGGCUUAGUUUUGUUCCCUCUUCUCAUUGGUUUUGUUCUCUGUUUCCUUUUGAUUCGAUUGCUUCCUUCACUGAUCUCCGGUACUCAGUUUGUGUAUUUGCUAAUCAGCGUGAUCUUGGUUAGUGUUUCUCUUGAAGCUACGUGGAAGCUAGACUCCGUAUGAAACUGUUAUGACACUAGUGAAAGAGGACCAUUGUGAGGAUUCUCAUAAUUAUAUGGGUUUUGCUCUGCAACAGGCUAAACUUGCUCUGGAAGCUCUUGAAGUUCCUGUGGGUUGUGUCAUUCUUGAGGAUGGUAAGGUCAUUGCUUCAGGGCGAAACCGAACAAAUGAGACACGCAAUGCCACAAGACAUGCAGAGAUGGAAGCAAUAGAUGAACUUGUCGGACAAUGCCGGAAAGAUAGUCUCUCACCCUCACAAGUCGCUGAGAAAUUCUCCAAAUGCGUUCUUUAUGUAACAUGUGAACCUUGCAUAAUGUGUGCAUCGGCCUUAUCAUUUCUCGGUAUAAAGGAAGUGUAUUAUGGAUGUGCAAAUGAUAAGUUUGGAGGAUGUGGUUCCAUCUUGUCGCUUCACUUAGGCAGUUCUCAACGUGAAGAAGCGCAAAGAGGAAAAGGGUACAAAUGCAGAGGAGGAAUAAUGGCAGAGGAAGCUGUCUCGCUUUUCAAAUGUUUCUACGAGCAAGGCAAUCCCAACGGUGCAAUGGCGAUUGCAGAGAGUGUCACUAAUGAUCAUAGAUACCAUUCGUAUAUUGCUUGCAAAGGACCAGCUUGGCUUGAUCAACACCUGUCAUUGGAAGCUGCUCACGGACUAUGA